UUGUAGAUGGCAACACUGAGGAGCGUACACAGUUCAAGUUGACACUUGUAUAUGCUUUCUGUAACUCGUAUACUUCAAUUGGGAGAUAUUUUUUGUGCGCUGAAGGAUCCCAUACCUUACCCUUGUCUAAACAAUGUGUGGUAGAACAGCUUGCACUCUAGGACCAGAUGAGCUUUGCAAAGCUUGUAGCACACAAAUAGUGACCAGUGAUGGCAAGAAGCAGUAUCAAGCUCCUCAAUGGCAGGACCACCCUGGAAAUUAUUCUUAUACACCAUCAUGCAAUAUGGCUCCAUCACGCUUCACACCUGUUAUGAUAAGUGAGCAUCAUGUGCGUGGAACAAAGAGAGCAAUAGAAGGUGAAGGACUGUCACCGCAAUAUGUCAUACAUCCCAUGAUGUGGGGGCUUAUUCCUCCAUACUAUAAGGGAUCAUCUCGCACUGGUCAUGGCUACAGCACCACCAACUGUAGAUAUGAAGGCAUUGAGGAGAAGAAAACAUAUAAACCUUCUCUUACUAAGGGACAAAG